CUCCUGAUAGGCAUCGAAGACCAGGGAAUCUUUUGAGAUAUCGUGCUUGGCGAUUUUGCUUGACUUGCCAUAUCGAGAAGUAAAUGCAACAUCAAGGAUUGUAAAACUGUCAAACAAGUCAUUGGAUGUGAACCACAGCAAUGGGUGCAGAUUGUAUCGCUGUCACACGAUAGGAUUCAAUUUUAUAAAUCAAGGAUACUUUGUACUCCGUGUGUAUUCAAUGACGGCCUUGACAACGACACCGCUAUUUUAAUAACGCUUAAGCCGGGGAAUUCUCCAGCAAGUGCGAGGUGGAAAGAAUGAGAAUCGCCACAUUACAGUUCUCACCGCGCCUGAGAGAUGUCGACGGUAAUAUUGAACGCGGCGAGGAGAUCCUCAACAAAUGGGAGCAAAGUCAUGGCGAUGAAGCGCGGAAACUAGACCUGCUGGUCUUGCCGGAGAUGGCGUUUACUGGCUACAAUUUCUCUUCUCUGGAGACUAUCAAACCUUACCUUGAGCCUACUCGUUCCGGACCAACGGCAAAAUGGGCUCGUUCGACUGCACGCCGACUAGGCUGUGUGGUCUGUGUCGGUUAUCCGGAGAUCCGUGCUACUAAAUCGGACCAGACAUCGAUGCAAGAAUCCUCUGAAGCCGAAACAUCCAACCUUGAACAUGAGAAGCGGUUCAAUUCGCUUAUUAUUGAAGAUUCGUCUGGAAAUACGUUGCUCAAUUACCAGAAAUGCUUCCUCUAUUACACGGAUGAACCCUGGGCAUCUGAGGGAGAGAAUGGAAAGGGAUAUUUUCCACUUCCGGUUUCUGUACGAUCAAAACCAGGCGAGACACUCAGUAAUCGCCCACAAUCGACGGUCCACAUUCCCACGGCCGUUGGAAUAUGCAUGGACAUCAACCCUUACAAGUUCAUUGCUCCGUACACUGCAUACGAGUUUGCCACGCACGUCCUCGACAGCGGAGCAAAGCUGGUCAUCGUCUCAAUGGCAUGGCUUACUUGGCUUACCUCUGAGGAAUUAGCUGGCGAACCACAAACGCCAGACACAGACACGUUCCAGUACUGGAUCCAGAGGUUCUGGCCCUUGAUCACCAGGGACAGCUGGGACGGUGAGGAGAUCAUCAUUGUGUUUGCCAACCGGACUGGAGAGGAAGAGGGCAUGGAGGGGAAGGACACGGCGCGAUAUGCGGGGACGAGCUGCGUAAUUGGGAUUCGCAAGGCAAACGCAGAUGACGGAGACAACAGCAAAGAAGAGGAGCGGAGGUAUUUUGACGUCGACAUUGUGGUUUGGGAGAGACUUGGGCGCGCUGAGGAAGGCGUUUGCUUUGUAGAUACAGAUUUGCCUCCUAAGAUGGUUUUCAGGGUUGUCAGGAGGCAGGGAGAGUGAUAUCAAAUGUGGUUUGACUGCUAGGAGGAUGUACCGUGUUUGUCAGCGGCUUUUUCAUGCUAAAUCUGGUUUCUGUCUUAGAACAAAGCAUCUGGUAAUUUAUGAUCAUGAUUCUAUUAGAUGGCUUUGUAAACAGGGGUUGACAGGUUGUUUAUCCCGAGUGCAUGACAGUUAAUUAUUUGGCCCUGCGCUCUUCUGCAUAAUGAUAAUGAAGCACACACUUGAGUACAGCCGCAUAGCCAGCAUGUUCAAAAACGGAUUUUUGAGCGGCAGUGCCUAGGGCUACGGCACCCUGCGCCCUGGAAUUUUCCAAGAUGGAUAUCCUGAUCCCAUGAUCCCAUGUGACCCACGCUGAGACGGUAAACACACAUAAAAAGCAGACUUUCCACCCUCUUCUGAAUUUUUGUCGCUUUUUCUUCUUCAUCCCCACCUCUGUUUUUAUUAGUAUCCUCGUCAAUCCAUCGAAACAUGGAUCGUGGCUGAUGAGUUGCGAGUAUAUGUACGGUACCUCGUACUCUUACAAUACUGAUAAUGAUAUGAAAAGCUUCCUUGACGUCCUCUCCGGACAGUGAGGGACGAGCUCGACCUUUAGACUGGCAUGAUGCGGUAGCCAGCCUGACAUAUAUGGCAACGGGGACCGAAUUCGUCUUGUCGACAAGACAUUGUAUACUUCUCUAGUCAUUAAUAGCCCAGCGGAGUCAAGGAGAGCAAAGGGGAGACUUAGUCCGAUGCCCUCUCUGAGCCUUUGGUAAUGUUCGUCUCCCAUCACCUGUCUUCCUUUCGCUUACAUAUGGAUGAACAUCUCCAGUGUGUUUGUUAACUUGAUUGCAUCCCAAUACAGGAAAGCUGGUGAGCGAGUAGCAGUCUAUCACAGACGCAAGGGCAGCGCGUUCGCGUUAGAGAUCGAGCUUGUUCAAGACUCGGCGUGAACCUACACCGAGGAAACUCCCAUCGGAAAGGACCCAAAGCGUUGAAGAAGGGAUAACCUUCAGAAUAACGCGUAGCAGGCACGCCAUUCUUUAAAUACACGUGUCUUUCCAUAGCGGUCUAACUGAGAGGCAGGUAGAAGUGAAUCAAGUAUCGAUUAUAGCUCAUGCAUCAACUAUACAAGCCGGGGUCGGGGAAUCACUGACUUGUACUCUCUCCUUGCAGCCGGAACAUGGGACAGUUCCUCGAAAGGGUGUGGAUGUCUUGCGUUCUUAACACUGUAACGGUGAAAGCCAUACAAUCAGGGGCAGAAGAGCGUCCGCAGUCCAGCUGCCAUGGCCGCAUUGCGGAAUUGCGGUUGAUCUAGCUGGGCGACCGGGCGUAAACACCCGGUCUAGCCCAGUCGGAGGUCCGAAGCGUCU